GUGUGCUGUGUGUGUCUCCAGUGCGAUUUCCCCUUUCUCUUGCUAGCCUCGGCGCAGCUCACCAGAGGCUCGCGCCCCCCUCCCCGUCAGCGGGUGCCCCCCGCCGCCCUUCCCUCGGUGCGGCCUCCCGGGAACCUCGGGACUCCCGUCACACCACCGGCACCCCGAUUCCUCUUCAUCCGGGGCGCCGCCGUCUCACCUGGGGCUCGCAUCUCGCUCGCCCUCCAACUUUGCCAUUGGCGGCGGCGGCGGCGGCGGUGGGACGUGUGGGAGAAGCCCAGCGCCUCGCCCGGCCGCCCGCCCGCCCGGACCAGCCUGCCCCGGCGCCGAGGUUGCUCUUGUGGUUGGCAUAGCCCAGCAUGCAGUCUUGAACCUGGCAUAGGCCACACCCACUCCAACUCUGGUUAUCCUCCCCGGAGGCUCAGAGAAGGCACUAGAUUGAUCCUAACAUACCCGAAUAACAUCUGUUCGACAACAAACCACCGUAGCUCCAGGGAGCCGGGGGAAUCUCAUUGUCGGCCCUGGCAGAAGCCAGUAUGGCUAUUGCUCUGCAGCCCAGUGAUCUGGUCUUCGAGUUUGCAAGCAACGGGAUGGAUGAUAUCCACCAGCUGGAAGACCCUUCAGUGUUCCCAGCUGUGAUCGUGGAGCAGGUCCCAUAUCCUGAAUUAGUGCAUCUGUGCUCAGGACUGGAUCUGGAUGAGGUCCACAAUGGCAUCAUAAGGGACAGGACCUUGUGCAUGACACAGGAUCAGAUUUUAGAAGGCAGCAUUUUGCUGACAGAUGACAAUGUAUCCACCUCAAAUAAUGUGUCAUCCACUGAAGUCCUAUUCAAUGUGGCAACUCCCAGUGAUGUCCUGGAUGAGAAGCAGAUCUUCAGCACAUCGGAAGUGCUUCCAGACUCUAACUCUGUUCAGGCCAUCAAUCUACCCAACUUCCUGCUUUCUACCCCCGAACCUGAUGAACCUGAUGACCUGAAGAAGACAAGUGAUGCUGGUGACCCAAAGGAGCAUUCUGAGGAGGAGAAGGUCUCCAGAGAAGAAAAUCUUAGGAAUGUUGGGAAGUCACGGAAGAGAAACCGAAAGACUAAGAACAACCGAAGUACCUCACCUGUCACUGACCCUAGCAUGCCUAUACGGAAGAAAUCCAAGGAUGGCAAAGGCAGCACCAUUUAUCUGUGGGAGUUCCUCCUGGCCCUUCUGCAAGACAGAAACACCUGCCCCAAGUACAUCAAGUGGACGCAGAGAGAGAAGGGCAUCUUCAAGUUGGUGGACUCCAAGGCUGUGUCCAAGCUGUGGGGCAAGCAGAAAAACAAACCUGACAUGAACUACGAGACCAUGGGGCGGGCCCUGAGAUAUUACUAUCAAAGAGGAAUCCUGGCCAAAGUGGAAGGGCAGAGGCUGGUAUACCAGUUCAAGGAGAUGCCUAAGGACUUGGUGGUGAUUGAUGAUGAAGAAGAGAGCCCUGAGACACCAGAAGACUCUUCCCAGGCCUCUACUUCCUCCACACCCUCGACCAGUACCAUCCGGAGAGCCAGCUCCAGGGUCGGAACCAGAGCCUCCCCCGAGGACAAAGAUAGCCCUCCCUGGGAGAAGCCAAAAGUCCAACACACUGGUCUCCAGCCAUCUGCAAGCUUGGAGUUAGGAUUGUCUGUAGAUGAGGAGGUUCCCACUACCUCCACCAUGCUUGCCAGCCCACUACAGAGCCAGGCCAAGCUCACCAAAACUGUGAGUCCUUCUUCAGCACCCAGUAACAUCCACCUAGGAGUAGCCCCUGUGGGACCUGGCUCCACUGUCACCCUGCAGACCAUCCCGCUGACAACGGUGCUGACCAAUGGGCCUCCUGCCAGUACUACUGCUCCAACUCAACUCGUUCUCCAGAGUGUCCCGCAGGUGUCAACAUUCAAGGACACCUUCACUUUGCAGACCUCCUUCCCCCUGAACACCAAUUUGCAAGAGAACCAGGUGGCAACCCAAGGGGCCCCACUGAUCCUCAGUGGUCUCCCCCAACUUCUGGCUGGGGCCAACCCUCAGAGUAACCCAGGACCAUCCCAGGUCAUAGGUGCUGGGUCAGCAGGGCCUAGCUCUCAGCCCCCUGGGACUGUGAUUGCUGCCUUUAUCAGGACUUCCAGUGGCACGUCAGUGCCUGUGGUAAAGGAGGGUCCCUUGAGGUCCUCUUCAUAUGUGCAGGGUGUGGUUACUGGGGCACCCGUGGAGGGGCUGUUGGUUCCUGAAGAGACCCUGAGAGAGCUCCUGAGAGAUCAGGGUCAUCUUCAGCCACUUCCGAGUCAGGUGCUCUCAAGGGGAUCCCAUAACCUGAGCCUUGUGGGGACCCAGACUCUUUCUCCCCCUAGCCACCCCACUGUUGGGCUAACCCCAGUGGCUGAGCUUGAGCUCUCAUCAGGCUCAGGGCCCCUGUUCAUAACUGAGCCUAGUGUGACCAGAUCCCCGACCCAGGCCCCUUUCUCCCCAUUCAAUCCCACUUCCCUCAUUAAGAUGGAACCCCAUGACAUAUAAACAAAGGGAUCAAAAGUAUGACCCACCGGGCAAAAUUGUGAAGCAUUUUCAUGUGGACUUAAGUAGAGUACCCGCCCUUCCAUCUCAUGGGGUGUGAGAACAUUUGAUUCCAAGUUCCCCAGGCCUAUUUGGCAUCGCUCUGACCAAAGUAUGCCCAGCUCAAGCAUCUGGCACCAGACCAGGGCCUUCAAGAGCACUAGGGAGUAGAUGUGCUCUUGGACCGAGAAUGAGCUGACUUGGUGAUGGAGGGAAAUCCACAAGCCAGGAAGCACCUUGUGGCCAGAGCUGGUCAGAGGCUUUACAGGAAGAGUUAGGCCUGGUCAUAGUUCGUUAUCUGUAUUCCUUACACAGGGAACUUACCAUCCAAUAUGUGAAUAUCUUCGUAUGCAUUUGUGUGCACUUGUGGGUCUGUAUCUUCAUUUCUUUGGGGAGGAGAGGAUGUAGAUGUCAGGUCUUUUCUGUGUUUAUGUGUGUGUCUGUUCGUCCGUCCGUCUGUCUGUCUGUCCAUUCCUAGGUCAGCCACAGAGAUGAGGCAGUUUUAAGAGAAAGCACUCUGUAACUUUUUUUUUUGGCAAGCAACAAUGCCUUUCUGAGACUGGAAGGUACUGGUCGUUUGCCCCUCCUCCCAGUCUAGAGAAAUGUCACAGAGCUGGAAAAGGUCUAGGUAGGAGAGAACCCUGCUAAGGGACAAGAGGCCAUGUAUGUUAAAACCAUAGUGCGAGAGAAAAGGAACACACUCCGUCCUGGGAGCGCUUGCUUGUCAUAAUCACCUUGCCACCAGGCUGGAACCUAGAGUCCUCUACUGAAGGUUGUGAGGCAAAGCACUUAACCAUCUAUAGGCAGCCCCAAUUAUAAAGUCCCUAGCCAGGCCUGAGUGCAUUGAAUGGUUGUGGCCAGGGCUUUUGGCUGUUUGUUUAAAAUCAGCCCUAUGCUUGACAAUAACAGCCCUUUGUGAUCCAGUACUCUUCCUUCCGUAUCUUGGGUUCCCUCUUCUCUCUGUCUGCCCUGAGAAAUUCCACCUGUCCUCAGUUGCUGUGUCCAGCCACACAGUCUCGCUCUCUCUCCCACCCUCUCCCUCUCGCAGUGGCUCUGAAAGACUUCAGGACGGCCAUUGCUUUUUAUUUCUGCCCAUCACACCUAACCCGAUUCUCGCUUCACCAAGAAGACAGGAGAGAGCACAUAUGGGUUCCUACAGCUCCUGUCAGCCCAUGAGUCUGCUUCUCUCUUUUCUGUUUCUGGAAAGAGCUCUCCUGAUCUUUCUUAGUCUCCCAGCGGAGGGUCUCCAUCUCCCUUCCUUGAAUCUGCUUGCCUCUUUCCUACCAGGUUUAGGAACAAUGUGUAGAGAUGUCACACCCAGAACCAAGUCUAGCCUCUGGUGACUUUGGUUAAUGUGAAUCAGUGCUCUAGGACCUUCUCUAUGUCCUCUAUGCCGAAACACCCACUUGACCUAACUACCUCCCUGGCUGGUCAUCGUUCUCCCUCUCCUUCCCUGGAGGAAGGAACCAUCUGUGGCUCUAUGCAGGUGUGUUUGCUACAUUCUCAGCAAUUGGCGCUGAAAUGUCUGUCCUAAUAAAAUUGGCUGAUGAUGUCAAUCUCUGGAUGGAUGGAAGGAAGGAAGGAAGGAAGGAAGGAAGGAAGGAAGGAAGGAAGGAAGGAAGGAUCUCGAGAAAAGGUCACCAUUGUUGGCGUUAAUGUUUGCUGUUCUUGUUGUGUUUGGAUUUUAGUUUUUUGGGGUUUUGAACUUGCUCUGUUGGUGAAGAUGACCUUGAACUUCUGGUUCUCUCACCCCCUCCCUUGUUCUCACGUGUGGAUCACCAUGUGGUUCUGUGGACCAAAGCCAGGACUCUGUGCAACCGUGAUGAGUACUCCUAGCAACUGUGCUACCUUCCAAGCUCAAUCAGUGUUAAUGAG